AUGAUGCUCAUACCGUGGAUCAUGGUUGUGUUAUUUAUGACCCAUACUGCUAGGGCCCAAACCGAAGAUCCAGAACUGAUAGCUUUGCUCACUCACGGACUGCCCGACGACAACGAAGAGGGCAGUGAUUUCUCGGGAAAUGAUCUUUUCACUAGUUCUACCCAUGAAAAUGAGAAUUGUACUGGUUCAACAAUGACACCCGAACAUCGAGACUUCGUACUUUUCACUCAUAACCGUUUGAGAAGCAAACUUGCACAAGGACGUCAACAAAACAAAGAAGGACUAGGAUUGAUGUCCAGCGGAAAAAAUAUCUAUCUACUGAAAUGGGAUUGCGAACUAGAGCAGAUGGCUCGUAUAUGGGCACAUGACUGUCCCAGGUAUACUACACCAUAUGAAAAAACAAGAAAUAUUCCUCUGGGAUUACAACUCGUGAAGCGGAUUCAUGUAGCAAUUCGAGGAGACAACGUUACGAAACACAUAGACGACUCAAUGAGAUCAUGGUGGUUGGAGUAUAAACGCAAUGGGAAUGUCGAUAGUAAAAAUCGUUACUUUAAUCGGCAGAAAUAUUUCGGAUGGGCGAAUAUGGCAAAAGGAAUGACGACGCGAAUUGGAUGCUCUUACACUCUUUGCGACUCUAUUCGAGCUAUUUUUACUUGUGUUUACAACACAAAAGUUAACAUUGAGAACCGUAUAAUCUAUGAGCCAGGACCAUCAUGCAAACGAGAUGAAGACUGUACCACAUAUCCCAAAUCUAGAUGCUUAGCACCUUUGGGACUCUGCCAAGCUCCAGAUAUUCCUGAAGACAGAAUCAGUAAUGGAAUGUGCGGUGGUGCAGGACUGAGCAUGACCGAUUAUUCAAGAAAUUACUCUGUGGACAUUCAUAAUCAUUACAGAUCACGUCUCGCAAGAGGGCUGGAAUUCAAUGGGGAGAUCAAAAGAAAUCAAAUAGGUGCCAAAAACAUGCUCAAAUUGGAAUACGAUUGUAAACUUGAAAGAUAUGCUCAAGAAUGGGCCAACAAAUGCAGAUUUGAGCACUCGAACUCAUGGGAGCGACCCGAUCAAGGACAAAAUUUGUACAUGACGUCGUUGAAAAAUUGGGAAACAACAUCAUUAUUGCACACGGCCUUCGAAGUCUGGUGGAGAGAACUGGAAGAGUAUGGCAUGCCAGCGGAUGCUGUUCUAACGGAUGAUGUAUGGAACAAGAAAGGAGUUCUUAUAGGACAUUUCACCCAGAUGGCUUGUGGUAAGACUCAACGUGUCGGAUGUGCGGUAUCUUUAUGCCCGAAUAUGCAAAUGGUUGUUUGCCAUUAUAGCCCAGGUGGAAAUCACAGAGAAGAAGCCGUUUACGAAGUAGGACAACCAUGCCAAAAUGAUGACGAAUGUUCGGAAAAUUACUCUUGCAUAGCAGAAGAAGGACUCUGUGCAGCAGACAAAAAUCUGGAAUUACAAUCAUUGGGAUAA